AUGCAUUAUAUUGUUAAUAUUGUGAAGGCAAAUGACAGAAAAUUUAUUUUGGCUAAUAGAGAACUUUCUGAAGAUGAAUGGAAGGGUAAAACAAAUAUAGAUGUUGAUUUAACUAAAUAUAAAGUUAUAUCUUAUAUAAGAACUUCCAAACAUUAUCCAAUGGUUAUAAGUGUUAAAGCUGUACCAACAAUAUCUUGUGCUAUUUGUAGUUUAAGAAAGAAAACAAAAUUAAAAACAAAUGUACAGAAAUUACAUAUGAUUCCGGGUUGUAAUCAUUUUGUUCAUAAAAAAUGUGCAAAUAAAAGAAUUCGGAAAAAUGCUUCACUUCAUCACUAUCGAAAGAAACGUCAGGCUUUAUUAGAAUCAGUUAAGGAAGAUGAAGGGGAAGGUAAAGAAAGUCCUUCUUCUUCUGCUCCUCCAACUAAUGCAGAUAAAAUUGAAGAAGAAGGAGAUCCUCUUCCACCUCCGCCUCUUCCAUCAACCCCUCCACAUCACCUUCCUUCUUGUUCAUCCUCUUCCUCACUUUCUACAUGUUCUCAUGAAUCUCCAACAACGCAUCUAGAAGUAGCUUCUUCUUCUUCCCAUUUACCUCCUCUAGAAACAAAUACGGAUAAUGAAAAUAUAACAAAAACUAAUUUUGAAGAUAAAUGUCCGGUGAUAGGUUGCAAUAAAGUUGUUUUUAUGAAAAAGACUUCUGCUGGAAAAGAAAAGAAAGUUUUUGAAGCACAUUUAGUUAUGCCUAUUUUGCAGAACGGUCAAAGUCCCGAAUAUACUUAUUUAUUCGAACCGAAACGACCAACAUUUCUUAAAAAAGUAAAAUCUAUAUUUAAAAAUAUUAAUCACAAUCAAGUUGAUGAAGAUGAAAUUAUAGAAGAAAUUGUAAAUAAUGAAGCUGAAGAAUUGCGGUUAGAUGGAAGGAGUUUUAGAGAAGGAUUUGGAAGUAGGAGAAUUGAAGGAGUUCCUGUAGUAGAUGAAAGUACACAAACUGAUCCAGAAAUAUCUGAACAAACAACAGAAAAUGUACAGGGUGAGGAGUCUAAAGGAGUGGAAGAAUCUGUUGAAAAUCCAGAAAAUAAAGAUUCGGAUUCUCAAAUAAAUACUGAAAAUCAAGAAAAUAGUGAAAUUAAAAAUAAGGAAGAAGAAUCGAGUAAAAAAGGAAAAGAACCAAUUGAACAAAUACCAGAAAAAGGCGAAGGGUCAACGAGUACUAAUUUAGAAACAAAUGAAAAUAAACCGGAAACAAUUAAUGUCUCUUAUGAAAAAUCAACAAGUUCGGAAAGUGAUUCGGAAAGUGAAUAUGUUAUUUAUAAAAAUGAAAAACUUAAAAUACAUCGCGAAAAAAGUAAAAAUAUAUAA